AUGGAAACAGGGAAUGAAACACGAAUUCUAGAAUUUCUUCUUCUGGGAAUAUCAGAGAAACCAGAAUUGCAGUCCUUCCUAUUUGGUGUCUUCCUGUGCAUGUACCUGGUCACCAUCUCUGGGAACCUGCUCAUCAUCCUGGCCACCAUCACUGACUCCAACCUCCACACACCCAUGUACUUCUUCCUCUCUAAUUUGUCCUUUGUAGACAUCUGUUUUACCACAACCACCAUCCCAAAGAUGUUGGUGAAUAUCCAGACACAGAGGAAAGUCAUUUCCUAUGUAGGCUGCCUCACCCAGAUGUACUUUUUCCUACACUUUGCAGGGUUGGAGGACCUCAUCCUGACCGUGAUGGCUUAUGACCGCUAUGUUGCCAUCUGCUACCCGCUGCACUACAUGAUCACCAUGAACCCUUGGCUCUGUGUCUUGCUCAUUUUGGGGUCCUGGAUUAUAAGUGUCUUGUAUUCAAUUUUAGAAAGCUCACUUGUUUUGCGGCUUUCCUUUUGUCAACCCUUGGAAAUCCACCACUUUUUCUGUGAAUAUAAUCAGAUUGUCCAACUUGCCUGUUCCGACACUUUCCUCAAUGACAUAGUGAUGUACCUUUUAUCUGGACUGCUGGGUGGAGGGCCAUUCAUUGGCAUCAUUUUCUCAUAUUCUAAGAUUGUUUCCUCCAUACAUGAAAUUUCAUCAGCUGUGGGGAAAUAUAAAGCAUUUUCCACUUGUUUGUCUCACCUCACAGUUGUCUCCUUAUUUUACUGUUCUGUUUUAACUGUGUAUAUAAGAUCCUUUGUGACACAUAAUGCACAUGCAAGUGCACCAGCAUCAGUGAUGUAUACUGUGUUGAUACCCAUGUUGAACCCUUUCAUCUACAGUUUGAGGAAUAAAGACAUAAAGAGGGCUCUGAAAAGAUUCCUUACUGGAAAGCCAUAA